AUCUUAGCUUUACCUUUGCUUCUUCUUUUUCAACAACUUGUCUUACUGUUUUGGUUUUUUUUUCAAUUAUGUCUGCUUAUUUAAUUAACUCUUUUAUUGGUGUAUAAUUAUUUAUUCAGUGGUCAAGUUUAUUUGUAUAGUUAACAAUAUCAUUCGUUAUUUGCUAAGGACUGUCAGUUGAUUUUAUAUUACAUAGAUCUUGGUCCUUUUUUUCAACAAAACAUGGCUGAUGUCAAAGUCUAAUCGUUCUUGCAUUCUCCGGGUCAAUUGGUAUGACUCUUGUUAUACUCGGAUGUGCUCUACCAAUUUAUUCCAAUUGGUGGCCGUUCUUUGUGGUAUUAUUUUAUAUAAUCUCUCCGUUACCCACCAUGCUUGCAAGAAGGUACCAGGAUGACAUGGGAUCUAGUAACUAUUGUAAAGAACUGGCACUAUUCAUCACAUCUGGUAUUGUCAUAUCAGCAUUUGGUUUACCCUUAGUGCUGGCCCGAGCUCCAGCUUCAGCCCCUGUGAUUCAUCCAGGAGCAUGUAUCUUAACACUGUCCGGAAAUGCGGUGGUAUUCCUCACUAUAUUAGGAUUUUUUAUUGCUUUCGAUAACGAUGAUGAAGGUUACAGUGUAUGGUAAAGGAAUAACAAACGACAUCAUCAACAUGUGUAUAACAUAACUUAACAAAGCAUUCACUCCAUUUCCUGAAGUAUUCAGGCAAAUAUGAACAUAACCUCAUCGAUCUUCUCAUCAUGCAAUUUCACCUCUCCAUUAACUUUUUCGUAUACUACUAAUAUUAAUAGUAAUAACAUGAGCCACACAUUGUAAACCUUGUUUUGAAACUAUCAACUUCUGGCUCAUCAAAACAAUAUUAAUCCACCAAAUUCUGAAUCAAAGCAAAAUAUAAUAAAUUCCAAAUUAAAGGCGAAGAAAUAAAUUAAAUCUAACGAAUAUUAAA